AUGGGUGAUAAACAUAAAAGUGAAACUCCAAAACCUUUAAAAAAUACACUUUUAAGUGGAGCUAGUCAUGGAUUUCCCUUUGAUUCUUUUCAGGGAAGUUCGAUGCUUAUCCCUGUUUCUCAAGAUAGCCCAUCUGUUUUAAACGACAGUAAGUUAAUUAAUUAUGAUAAAAUAGAAUUUUGUGUGAAAAUCAAUGAAUCGCUUCACAGAUUAAAGCCUGUUUUUAAAACUUUAAUUAAAUAG